AUGAAGAAUUGUAUUAAUCCCGCCGAUACUCCAGUUGAGUUUGGCCUGAAGCUAAACAAAGCUGGAAGAGGAAAUAAGGUAGACAGCACACUCUACAGGCAGAUUGUAGGUAGUUUGAUGUAUCUUACUGCCACAAGUCCCGACAUCAUGUAUGAUGUAAGUCUUAUAAGCAUGUAUAUGGAGAGCCCGACAAAAUUGCACCUGCUAGCUACCAAAAGAACCCUUCGCUACUUACAAGGAACUAAAGAUUUUGGUUUAUUUUACAAGAAGGGUGAAAAAUCUGAUUUGAUUGGUUUUGCUGACAGCGAUUACGCAGGAGAUCAAGACGACAGAAAGAGUACUUUAGGCUAUGUUUAUUUACUAGGAACAACAGUUGUUUUACUAUUUUCCAGGAAGCAAAAAAUUGUCACUUUAUCUAGUACUAAAGCGGAAUUUGUUGUUGCUACAACUUGUGCUUUCCAAGCUAUCUGGGUGAGGAGGAUUCUUGACGAACUACAAUUCAAACAAGACAAAGCAACUACAAUUUUCUGUGACAACAAAUCUGCUAUCAAGCUAUCAAAAUAUCAUGUGUUAUAUGGAAGCACAUUGAUGUGA